AUGUCAUCGACGCCUACACCAUGCGCGGCAUGCAAGUUCCUUCGUCGGGAGUGCACACCGGAGUGCAUUUUCGCACCGUACUUCCCAGCGAACAACCCAGAGCGCUUCGAAUGCGUCCACCGCGUCUUCGGCGCCAGCAACGUCGGCAAUAUCCUCAACGCGCUACCUCCAUCCCAGCGCGAGGAUGCGGCGAAGUCCUUUGCGUUCCAGGCGGAGGCAAGCCUCCGCAGCCCGGUCUAUGGCUGCACCCUCCAAGUCCCCAAGAGAGAACCUAGUGCCUCCAUGAACCCACAAGCCAUUCAAGGUCCAUUCAACCCUCAGGAAAAGCCUCUGUCUUCACCUCCUGCCCAUUUAGGCCCUCCCUGCGGCCCAAAUGUUGUACAGUAUUCAGCUCAUUUAGGCCCAUUUAAGCAAGAGAUGUUGCAGGCCCAAGAACUUGACUUGUUGCAGGCCCAAGAACUUGCUGCUGCUAAGCAAGUUAAGAUGGAAGUUAAGAUGGAACCUGUUGCUGGGAUUGAACCUGCUGCGGCUGCGGCGCCCUACGGCGGUGACAUCCGUAGAAGUGAAGUGUUUGGCCUCAUGCGGCAAAUUCAAGACAACUAUUACAACAACAUCGACGAGAACUACAAGUAUUACAACAUCGAAUAG